UUUUUUUUUUUUUUUAGCUGUUCCACUCUCGGCGUCCUCGUCACACUUGCCCCUCUUUUUGAUUUUUGUCUCUCGCUGGAAAGUGGAAGCCGCAGGGGCUCACCACGAGCAAGCUGGGAAGUUUAAAUGACUAUGAACCAUGCAUCGGAGAUGGAAUCAUCCUCUUAGAUUGAGGGGAAUGGAGCAAGAUCGAGCAUCUCAGGGGCUGAAACGCCGAAGCGCGAUAGCUCCAUGCUUGCUUGGGAAAUCAAAAGAUGCGAUCAUGGCGGAAAAGACUGGAGACUGGUGGGAUGGAGACUUUUGGAGAUGGAGAAUAAGAAUCUUGUUAAGAAAGAGAGCCAUUCCAAGGCCAACAAAACAAGGCCGCGCAAAAACUGGUCAGGGGACUGGAGCCAAUCACGGGGACACACGCCAGAUGAGACCAUUCCUCGCUGGGAAUUGUCCCCGGCGGCCGGAAGUUGAAGCUGCCAACUGCUUCCCGAUGAGCUCUUAUGUUAGUUAUGCCAAUGGAGGAGAACCAGAGUAACCAAUUCUAUGGCCAUUGUGAACUGAGACCUCGUUCAAUAGUGGAAAACUGAUCCAGAGGCAUUUCAUCCAUGACUCCUUCUCCUUUAGGCUCGGAUUUGAGUACCCCGGCACAAUCAAAACAAGGUAUCC